GCGUGUCGAUGUUCAGCCGGGACCAGUCGGGAUUCGACCUGCUGCACCAGCUCGCCGGGAAGAGCGACGCGGUGGCGUCCUCCUUCCAAUUCCAGGAUUCCGGGAUUUUGGACAGCUCCUCGCCGACCCGACCACGACCUGCGUCGCAGCGGCUAAACCACAUGGGGUCCGGUCAUUCCGUGCGCUCGGGGAACUCCUUCCGAUCCGGAGCCUCCGAGAUGGUCCUAGGCCCCGUUGGGGAGGGCGAGCAGGGCGAGCGGAGCCCCGAGCACUCGGAAGCGGCGCUGCCUUCGGCGCUGCCGUCGCCCGAGCCUCGGCAACCUCGGCCGUUGCCGCCGCCGCCGGAAGUCCCGAUCAACGUGGAGCCGCGCAUCCCCGAGGAGGAGGGGCCCACGCCCAGCAAGCUCCAGAGGAGGGUGAGCGCCAGCUGCCUGGCGGAUGCGGACCGCCCCAAGCCCAUGCUCAAGCGGCGAGUCUCCUUCGACGAGGUGCUCUACAUGCAGCACAUGGUGCCCGUGGUGCCCAACCAGAUCCCGUCGCCGACGCCCGGCUCCAACGCCUCCAACGGCUCCAACUCCUCGGAGGAAGCCGGCUGA